UUUUGAACCUACAUUAUAUAAACGCAUGCGCAGUAAUUUUUUUAAUGAAUAUCAGUAGCGUUAUCUAUAAUAUGUAAGUUUAGGAUUACCCCCAAGAUAGAGUUUGAUAACACAACACAGGAAGUGAGUCAGAAUUACUGAGUAGUGAUAGUAAAUGGAAACUGAUUUUGUAAUUCGUUCUCAAUUGUUAAAUCUGGCGUACUAUAUCAUAUUAUUUCCUGUUAAAAUAAAACAAUUAAUGUAACACUUCAUUAAAGUGUAAAUUAAAAUAAUUACAAUUAAAAAUGAAACCUGGUCUGUAUCAUGAACAAAAGUGUUCUCAAUUAUUAAGCAAGGACGAAAAUGAUUCUGUGAUACAAUUAUUAGGCCCUAAAUGCCAAAGUUUGUCAAUGGCAGUUGUGCAGCUUUUCAGUACAGAUAGUCCUGAAAGUACUGACUGGCGUCAAAAGAAUUUUGGUAUUCUCUCUUUUGUAAGAGAUCCUAAUAGAAAAUCUUAUUAUUUUCGAUUGUAUUGCCCUAUUAGACAUCAAUUGUUAUGGGAACAUGAAAUGUACAAUGGACUGCAAUAUCAAAUUUCAGCAAAGUUUUUUCAUUGUUUUGAAGCAGAAGAAUGUAUAGUAGGGUUUAACUUUGCUAGUGAAGAUGAAGCAACAAAUUUUGAAGAAGCUGUAAUAGGUUUACAAAAGAAAAGACGAGUAAAACGAUUAGAGCAAAGGAAUAAAGCACACAAUAACCAAAAUAAUAUUCAUCAACCUAUUGCUACAAAUAAUGCUAUGUACGGUCCACAAACACAAAUAAAUGGCAAAGUUCGAAAAAAUAAAGCAAAGAAUUCAAAGAAUAAAAAAUAUACUAAAGAUCAAAUUGGAAUGCCAGAGAAUUUUAGGCAUGUUCAGCAUAUUGGCUGGGAUCCAGACACAGGUUUUGAUUUAGGACAAAUAAAAGAUCCACAACUUAAUACUUUUUUUGCUAAGGCUGGAGUAUCUGAAAGUCAGCUACGCAACCCUCAAACUCGAGAAUUUAUCUACAAUUUUAUUGAUACACAUGGUGGUAUUGAUGCCAUAAAAGAUGCAGUGCAAGAUUCUCCGGUACCUCCUCCACUCCCUACAAGAUUUCGUCAAGCACCCCCUCCACCCCCUCCACCAUAUAGUUUACCACUGACAAGGAGUCCAGCACCACCACCACCAAGACCUAUUAAUGUAACUAAUCCACCAAGAAAAAUGGAAAAUAUAGUCAUUCCACCACCUCCACCACCAUUAAUAAAUUCAGUACCACCACCUCCACCACCUCCACACUUUGAUUUACCCAAAAUGAAUACAUCAGAAUCAAAUAUUAAUAAACUAAAUGAUAGUACGCCUGAUCCAAGAUCUGCUCUUCUUGAAGCAAUUAGGUCUGGAAAAACACUUAAGCCAAUUGAUACAUCAUCAAAUAGUGGAAAAGCUUCAACAAUUUCUAAUCAACGAAGUGAUUUACUGGACCAAAUUAGGCAGGGAGUUGAAUUAAAAUCGGUUCAACCAAUUCAAAAGAAGACUGUGAAUAAUUUGGAAGGCAAUGGAUUAGCUGGUGCGCUAGCAAGAGCAUUAGCUGAACGUGCUAGAGUAAUUCAUAGUGACAGUAGUACAAGUGAAUCAAGUGAUGAUGAUGAAGAUGAUGAAUGGGAUGAUUAGACAAUUUAUUAAUCAUGGAUUAUCAACUUUGUGAAUUUAGUUGAAUAGAAUUAUACAUAAAAAUAUGUUUAUUUUGUAUAAUUUGAUAAGAUUAGAUAGGUCAACAAUUUGUUUUGUUAAAAAUAGGAAAAUAUAUUAUGUAUUUAUUAUGUUGUUUUAAAAAAAAAUAAUUAUAAGUAUUUUAAAAUAUGUAUAUAUAUAUAUAUAUAAUAAUUAAAAACUCAUCUGUGUUAACCAAAGUACUAAAAGGUAUUUUAUAAUUAUAGAAUUAUUAAUCAAUGCCAACAUACUUGGAAUAUGUGAUAUAAGGUGUCUAUUUUUAAUUAUUUUACAAAAAUAAUUUUAGUUUUAUCUUAUCACAUAUAUAGUAAUAAAAAUGUAUAUUGUUUUAAUAAAUAGUACUUUUUGGUUAGA